AUGGAUAAUAUUACAGAUCUUCUCAAAGUUUAUUACUCAAGAUUAUUUCCUCUUGAUGAAUAUUACAAAUGGCUCAGCUACGGAGAUGCGGAUCUAUUCAAGCUCAGAGAAUUUUCAUUUACCCUUGAAGGCGACAUAUAUAUCCGAUAUCAAGCCUUUAAUGAUCAGAAUGAUUUAGGAAAAGGAUUAGUAUCAAUGUUUCCAGUGAAAAUUGAUAUUGGCGCAGUCUUCAAUAUUUUUCCAGGAGAAAAAUCAGGAUCUAAAAAAUUAGAAGCUAUGGAAAGAGAACUUGUUUUUGAUAUUGAUUUAACAGAUUAUGAUGAAGUGAGAACUUGCUGUUCAGAAGCAAAUAUCUGCAACAAAUGCUGGAAAUACAUAGGAGCUAUUGCUGAGUACUUUCAAUUGAUUUUUGGAGGUGCUUAUUCUAAAAGAAAAGUCAAUUUAUACAAAAUUCACCCAUCAGUUAGACGAGCACUAAACAUUAUUUCUCCUAUUUUUGUGCCAAUGUGUGUCGAAGAGCAAAAUAUGCUAGGUACGGAAAAAAAUAUCAACAAGUUUUUAAUACUUUUGCCUGAUGAUGACACGAGGAAAGAAGUUAAAAGCUUAUUUGAGAGAUAUACGACCAUAAUGAUUGAAUAUUGUUAUCCUCGACUGGAUAUAAAUGUAACUAAAGGCUUGAACCAUUUACUAAAAUCACCGUUUUGCGUUCAUCCUAAAACUGGUAAAAUAUCAGUUCCAUUUAAUCCAAAAGCUGUUGAUAAGUUCGACCCGAUAACAGUUCCCACCAUACACAAAGUUAUUGAAGAAAUCAAUGCUUAUGAUAAUUUAGACAAAACUGUUGAAGGUGAUUCCAGUCAGGCCAAGAGGAUAAAAGAUUACAAGAAAACAAGUUUGAAUAAGCCUUUGCAUGUAUUUAAUGAAUUUUUACGGAAAUUAGAACUUGCGAGAACUAAGGAAAAUAUUGCAGCGGUUGAGUUUAUGGACUUCUGA